AUGCUGCUCUCCGCCAUGCAGCGGCCUGCGCUGGCAGGCGUGCCCGGCGCGAGCGGCGCUGGUGCCGCGCAGGGGUGGUGCAGCUUGGUGGUGGAGGUGCACGCGCCGCAGGCUGAGCCCGUGCCUUGCAGUCAGUGGGGCUCGGCGUUCAGCAUCGGCCUCGAGCCGCCCGCGCCAGCCUCCGGGCUGGGCGCUGCGCCGGCGCCAGCGGGGCCGCGGGCCGGCGGCGCCUGCGAGGCGGGCGGCGUCCGGCGGCUGGCGCUCUCGCUGCCUGUGGUUGGCGGGGCGGCGGGCGGCCUGUCGGAGGGCGGCGCGCUGCUCGCGUGGCACCCGGAGGGGGACUGCUUGGCCGUGGCAGUUGCCAGCGCAGGCGACGACACGUGCUGGCUGCUGCUGCUGGACCCUGAGCUGCGGCUGCUGCACGAGUGCUGCUGGCACGCCGCGGUCGGCAAGCCGCCAAAGGGCCUGCUCAACCCCGCGCGGUUCGCCAUCGCGUCGAUGGCGUGGCUGCAAGGGGGCGCCGGCAUGCUCGCCGCAGUCGACACCUACGGGCAGCUUGCGGUGCUGCGACUCAGAGGGGCCCGUGGCGUGACGGCCGGCACAGGCGGCGCCGACGCCGGCAUCGGCGGCGCCGCCUUGCUGGAGCCUUUUGGGGACGGUCCGGCCUUGGAGAAGCUGCAGCUGAUUGAUGCGGUGCGCGGCCGCAUUUGA